UUAUAUCAGACACAGCCCACAGUUCCUCUAAGCUUCUUUCCACCAUAUCCUUCUUCUUAAGAUAAUUCCUUCUUGGGUUCUUGGUUUGAUGGCGAGGGCAAUAGGAAAAUGUUGUGUAGUGGUAAUUGUUUUGUGUUUGCUUAAUGGGGCUAAAGCCGCACCACAGGUUCCUUGUUACUUCAUUUUUGGCGACUCAUUGGUGGAUAAUGGGAACAAUAAUGAACUGACUUCAUUGGCUAGAGCUGAUUAUUUGCCUUAUGGGAUUGACUUCCCUGGUGGACCGUCCGGAAGAUUUAGCAAUGGAGGAACUACUGUUGAUGUCAUUGCUGAGCUUCUGGGAUUUGAUUCUUAUAUUUCUCCAUACUCAACUACAAGAGGUCAAGACAUUCUCAAUGGAGUGAACUUUGCAUCAGCAGCAGCUGGAAUAAGAGAAGAAACUGGUCGACAACUGGGCGAUCGGAUUAGUUUCAGUGGACAAGUAAAUAAUUACAAAAACACAGUGCAGCAAGUAGUGAACUUACUUGGAGACGAAGAUACAGCCGCCAAUUAUCUAAGCCGUUGCAUUUUCUCAAUUGGGUUGGGCAGCAAUGACUAUCUCAAUAACUAUUUUCAACCUCUCUAUUAUUCAACCGCUCAACAGUUCAGCCCAGAACAAUAUGCUGAUGUUCUCAUUCAACAGUACACUGAGCAACUUAAUACCUUAUACGACUAUGGGGCUAGGAAGUUUGUGUUGAUUGGAGUGGGGGCAAUAGGGUGCAGCCCAAAUGAGUUGGCUCAAAACAGUCAAGAUGGAAGAACUUGUGUUGAGAGAAUCAACUCGGCAAACCAAAUUUUCAAUAACAAGCUCAGGUCUCUAGUUGAUCGAUUCAACCAUCAACAGUCUGGUGCCAACUUUACCUACAUCAAUGCGUAUGGGAUCUUUCAAGAUAUAAUAAACAGGGCUGCUGCCUAUGGUUUCAGGGUUACAAAUGCGGGAUGCUGUGGUGUGGGGAGAAACAACGGACAAAUUACAUGUCUUCCAGCACAAACUCCAUGCCCUAACAGGAGGGAAUAUGUGUUUUGGGAUGCAUUUCAUCCAACUGAAGCUGCAAAUGAGAUCAUUGGAAGGAGAUCAUACAGUGCUCAGUCUGCAUCGGAUGCUUACCCCAUGGAUAUCCGCCGCUUAGCUCAGCUCUGAUGAUGGAGAUUAUGAGUUGAAGUGAGAAAUUAAGAUAAAUUUAUAUAUACUCAGCUAAUUAUUGUUGUUUUUGUUUUAAUUAUGGUUGCCUAUAACAAAUUGUGCAAUUAUUUGUGUAAUAACAAAUAACCCAUUCAUCUUUUGGGGUGUUUAUUUUGUAAUUUUAUGUGUAUUUGUUUUAAGAUAAGAAAUGGGAAAUGCAAGAGAUUUUGGCUUUGGUAUUAA